UGCACUCUGCAGCGCCACAGCAGGGAGCACCGACACACUUCUUCUUCGUGGCCACCACACGCAGCAUUCGGCGUGUUCGUGGACCACUAACAUGCUUCACCUUCGCAGGAUGUCGGCCCACAGGGACUGCCAGUGAUGAGGACUGGAUAGAAGCUGGGCCCCUGCGUAGACCCUAGAGACCAUGGAGAUGCUCGGAUGAUCCGCUGGACUGAGAGACCCGGUCCACACAGCCCAAGACCUUGAGCGCGUCCUGGGAGGGUGCUGCCUGCCAACCGGGUCCCGGAGCUCCUCACACCGGAGAUGCCCUCGCCUCCCAAUGAUGGAGAGGGUGAAGGAGGCGUCACGGUGGGUUGCUACCACACCAAGAGGAAGGUGCGAGGCAAGAAGAAGAAGAAAGGCGUCAUCGGCGCCAACGUUGCUGGCACCAAGUAUGAGAUUGUUCGCAUCGUCAUCAGCGAGAUGGACUUCCUCAAGACCAGGGAUGAAGACGAGACCGCCAAUCUCAUCUGGAGCGACUCGGCCGUACAGCACGAGAAAAUUGCUGAGCUCAGGAAUUAUCAGAGAAUCAACCAUUUCCCCGGGAUGGGCGAGAUCUGCCGCAAAGACUGCUUGGCCAGGAACAUGUCCAAGAUGAUCAAGUGCCAGCCUCAAGAGUACAGCUUCAUACCCAAAACUUGGAUAUUCCCCGCUGAGUACACGCAGUUCCAAAACUACGUCACGGAGCUGCGGCGCAAACGCAAGCAGAAGACUUUUAUUGUCAAGCCAGCCAACGGAGCCAUGGGUCACGGGAUCUCUCUAGUCCGCAACUGUGAGAAGCUUCCGGCCCAGGACCACUUCAUCGUGCAGGAGUACCUGGACAAGCCCUUCCUGAUGGAGGGCUACAAGUUUGACCUGCGCAUCUACGUCCUCCUCACUUCCUGCGACCCGCUGCGCAUCUUCCUCUACGACGACGGCCUGGUGCGCAUGGGCACCGAGAAGUACCACGCACCCAGCGAGGACAACCUGAGCCAGCUCUUCAUGCACCUGACCAACUACUCGGUGAACAAACACAACCACAACUUUGAGCGAGACGGGACGGUGGACAAAGGCAGCAAGAGAUCAGUCAGCUGGUUCACUGAGUUCCUGCACUCCUGUGACUACGACGUGUCCAAGUUCUGGGGGGACAUCUCUGAGCUGGUGGUGAAGACGCUGAUCGUGGCCGAGCCUCACGUCCUCCACGCCUACCGCAUGUGCCGCCCCGGACAGCCACCAGGGAGCGACAGCGUCUGCUUCGAGGUCCUCGGCUUCGACAUCAUCCUGGACCGCAAGCUCAAACCUUGGCUCCUCGAGAUCAAUCGAGCGCCGAGCUUUGGGACGGAUCAGAAGAUUGAUUUGGACGUGAAGAGAGGAGUUUUGCUGGACGCUCUGAAACUGCUCAACAUCAGAGCCAGCGAUAAAAAACGCAACCUGGCCCAGCAGAAAGCCGAGGCCCAGCGGCGUCUCUACGGCCACGGGUCUGUGAAGAAACUCUCGGCCGCGUCCUCGGACUGGGAGAGACAGCGGCACACCUUGGAGCGAAGGCGGGAAGAGCUGAAAGAGCGACUGGCUCAGGUCCGCAAGCAGAUCUGCAGAGAGGAGCACGAAAAACAACAUCUGGGAAAGUACCGACGUAUUUACCCCCCAGACGACAAGCUGCUGUUGGAAAAGUAUGAAAGCCUGCUCUCUGCCGCCUUUCAGACCUUCCUCGCCGGGCGAGCUGCCUCACUUCAGAAGGAAAUGAAUAAUCCUCUGAAACAAAUGAAGGAGGAGGACAUCUUGGAUCUGCUGGAGCAAUGUGAACUGGACGACGAGAAGCUGAUGGGCAAAUCCUCCAGGCAGCGCGGCCCCAAGCCCCUGAGCGCCAUGCCCGAGUGCAGCCAGACGCCACGUCAGCGACCAGACUACCUGGCCCACUUCGGCAGCGGCGCUGAAAACUCCUGCUCUUCGUCAGAGGAAGAGGACGACGAGAGGAGGAAGGCGGGCGGCGAGAAGAGGGAGAAGAAGGUCUCCUACGACCUCCGGGUCAAGGACAAGAACUUGGCCGAGCGCUCAGGCCGCAUGCAUUGGAAGCCAGCAGUCAAGCCCGCCAAAACAAGCCCCGCCCCCUCCGUGUCUCCGACCCCCUCCGGACCAAUCAGACGCUCCAUCUCCUGUCCCCGCUCCAUCGCGUCCUUGUCGUCGCCCGGUGAAGUGCGAGCUCCGUCCACAAGACCCGCCUCUCACGUCGCCACGCUCGCACGGCCCAGCUCCGCCACGCUGCGCUCUCAUUCGCUGAGUCGCAGUGGCUCCGCCCACCGGGUGCCGCACAGCAACAGCUUGGGAACCAUCCAGUCCAGCAUGGGAGAUCCACUAAUCAACCUGAGGAGUCAAGAGCAGGAGGCGGAGCUUGUGCGUCAAACACUGACUGCUCUCAUGGCCAUGAGGAUACGAUUUCCCGGGAAAACAGAGGAGGAGGCGGAGUCAGUGCUGGAUGAGAUCCUUGACCAGUGGAAACAUCACAAGGCGAAGGUGGCGUCCUACUGGCUGGUCAAGCUGGACUCCACCAAGCAACGCAAGGUUCUGGACAUCGUGAGGACCAACGUGCGCUCGGCCCUGCAGCGCAUCUGGAAGGAGCCAGAUGUGGAAAACCUCCACCUGUAUCGCCUCUUCAACCGCGUCUUCAGCAGGCUGCUGUGGAGCCACGGCCAGGGACUGUGGAACUGCUUCUCCAACUCUGGGUGGUCCUGGGAGAGCAUCUUCAGCAAGAGCAGCGAGGUGAUCUCGCCCGAGGAGCGGCACUGCUGCCGCAGGCUGGUGCAGCUGUGCCGCGACUGUUUACUGGUGGUCUACAAGUUCGUCUCCGAGUCCCGCGGCUCUUUGACCGGCCUCAGCCCCGAGUGGGACGACACCAGGUACUGGAACGCUGUUAGCAGGAGCUGCCUCACUGCUCUGUCUCGCUGGAAGGUGUCAUAGGAACAUCUGCUGACUCCUCAGGUGUCUCCUGGUCUCGGGUUCUUCAUGAAGUGGUCUCGGGUUCUUCAUCCAGCUUUGGUCGCUCCACGCUCGCGACCUCUUGGCCAAGAUGGACCUCUUGUGAGGUCACGCUGGCCUCAAUGACCUUUAACCUCCGGGUGACUUCCUGAGUGUGACGCUGAGACCCAGGUCCAAGGUCCAAGGUCCAAGGUCCAAGGUCCAGGGCUCGGACUGAGAACCUUCCAACAUGUUGAUGCUGUUUUCUCCCACAUGCAGUGAAUGCCUCACGCCCUUACGGAAUAUUAGUAUCUCUUUUUCUUGAUGUGUGAAAGCCAUUUUAGGAGCGAUACUUCUCACCUGUGCGAUACCAAGUCAGGGGUCGAUAUCCACAUCGAUCUGAUAUCAGCAGAAAAACACCAGCAUGUAUUGUUUGUUAUGCUUCAUUCUUAUUAAUAAUAAUACAACACAUGGUAAUAAGUGCUUAAAUAGAAAUUAAUUCUUAUUUUUCUUUAUUAAAUAA